AUGGAUCGUUUUUUAGCACAUAUUCGUCCUCAAUCAUUAUUUUUGCUUUCUCCCAUACGACGAUUAUCAGCAUUUAAACCGAAAUCAUUUGAUUUAAAAGCACGUAUUGUUGGACGUAAAAAAACACUUCGUGCUCUAUUAGAUUUAGUUGAUCAAUUAGAUGCAUCAUAUUUAACUUCACAAAAAAAUUUAUCGAUCCCACCAUUAGUUGUUGAUACUACAUAUCUAUCACUAACAUAUCCUGAUCCACAUUUUUCAUUACCUGGACGUAUUGGACCAGAUCAACAAACAAAAUCUACUUCUAUACAAUUAAAACCAAAACUUGACCCAAAUCGUUAUGGUAUAGAUGGUAAACUUAUUUUAGAUGAAAUAUUAACAAUGACUUUACCAUUUGAUCAUCAAAAAGAUUCAAUAACACAAUUAAUGGGUACACAUAUGAUUUUAUCAUCGCCAACAAAUAAAAAAGAAUUUCUUUCGAAUUUAAUUAAUCAUGAUAGUUUAGAAGUUCGUGCAUAUGAUUGUCCAUCAUUAUUACGUUAUGAAUUACAUCGUUUAUUUUUAAAUUAUAAUGUUUUAGUACAACCAUUAACAGCUAUAACAAUUAUAUGGAAAACAAAUUCUGAUAUGUCAGCAUGGUCUCCUAAAAUUGAAGAAGAACGAAAUGAAUUAACAGAUCAAUUUAUUAAAUUAGCACAUGAAAUGUGUGCUUAUCUAGCUGCAAAACAAUAUUGGGCUGAUUUUAUUGAUCCAUCUAGUGGUCGACCUUAUUAUGGUCCACAUACAUCAGAUACAUUAUUUGAAACUGAUGAACGUUU